AUGUGGACUCUACUGAUGUCUCUGCUUGGACUGCGUGUGGUGAUGGUGAUGGGGCACUGGUGUGAACACACAGUGGAGGAAAGAGGGGACCGGAUCAUUUCCCCCCGUCUUCAGCGUGAGGUGGACUGUUCCAAGGUGUACCAAUACAACACGCAGGACUGGAGGCUGGAUGUGGAUAGGAUGCGCCACAAGCAUGGGGGGGAUGACGGCAUUGCACUGUACUACAAACAACUGGGUCGCAAGGCAGUCUGCUUCUUAUACAAACCCGCUGAGAUGGAGACCCAGAGGGUGAAUAAGACUGUGAGGGGGUGCUGCGAAGGCUGGGGAGGACCGCGCUGUUCACAGGGCGUGGGUGUGCGGGGCCACUGCUACUCCACAUGGAGCUGCGAGGACUUCCCAGGGGUGCACAACUCCUCUCUGAUGCCCAUGGAGCAGUGCUGUGGCAGCCUGUGGGGCCUGAGCUGGAGGAACGCGUCUGACCAGACCUGCCUGUCCUGUACCUACACCCUGCUGGCUGACUCCCAGUCGUCUCCCCUCGUGCGGGGGGGUCAUUUGGGGAGCGCCCGGAACCCCCAAGGCUCGGCCACCUGUCUGAGCUGGGGAGGGGCUCACUAUCGUACCUUUGACAGAAAGCACUUCCAUUUCCAAGGCGACUGUACGUACGUCCUAGCAUCGUCUACAGAUGGGACAUGGGCUGUGUACAUCAGCACUGUGUGUAACGGUCGGGGAGACUGCAGCAAGGCGCUGAGGAUGAUGCUGGGAUUAGACCUGGUCUCUGUUCACCUCAGGAACCUAACAUUAAAUGGAUUGGUAGUUCCUCAAGGAGAACCGCUCUUUCAAAAUGGAGUGAGUGUGCAUUGGCUGGGGGACUUUGUGUUUGUGGAGAGCGGUCUGGGGGUGCGGGUGAAGUUCGACAUGGGCUACACCGUCUACCUGACGGUCACCACAGAACACCUUGCCACCACCAGAGGGUUGUGUGGAGUCUAUAACAACAAUGCAGACGAUGACUUCACCACAAUGACUGGGAGUGUAUCGGAGUACGCUGCCAGUUUUGGGAAUUCGUGGCGAGUGCCUGACCAUCAGACUGAGGGUUGCAACGACGCAGCAGAGCUAGGCCACAGCUGUGAUGUCACAGGGGACUCUGCUCUGCGCAGGGAGGCAGAGUCAGUGUGUCACCGGUUGCUGGAGAGCCCCUUUACACAGUGUCACCACAGGGUGGACCCAGCGGCCUACAUUGACACAUGUCUGUACCUGCACUGCAGCCUGGGGACCAGAAAAAGAGAGGACGCCACGUGUGAUACUCUGGCCAGCUAUGCCCGCGAGUGUGCCCAACAACACGUCAUCAUCAGCUGGAGGAGCUCAGGACUGUGUGGGCGUGUGUGUCCGCGGGGGCAGGUGUUUUCCGACUGCGUGUCCUCCUGCCCCCCUAGCUGCUCUUCCCCUCAACCCCCUGCCUCGGGCCAGUGCAGGGAGGAGUGUGUAGGGGGGUGUGAGUGCCCCUUUGGGCUCUACCUGCACCAGGGGCUCUGCCUGAGGAGAGACGACUGCCCCUGUUUCCACCGCAGACACACCUACCAGUCAGGAAACACCAUCCAGCAGAGGUGCAACACCUGUGUGUGUCGAGCAGGUGCGUGGCAGUGUUCAGGGGAGAGGUGUGCUGCCCAGUGCAGCCUAAUGGGUGGUUUGCAGGUGUCUACCUUCGACAAGAAGAGGUACUCUCUGCAGGGAGGGGACUGUGGCUUCACUGCCAUAGAGGACUUUGUGGACAGGAAGCUGGUAGUGAGCAUUCGAGGUGGAGAGUGUGUGGUGGGUGGCGGACAGGGCUGUCUGAGAGAGAUAUCUGUCACCGCUCUACGUACCACAGUGACCAUCACCGACACAGGUGCAGUGACCCUGAAUGGCCAAAGGGAGGCGCUGCCAGUGGUGACGGGGGACUUGGUGGUGCGGAGGUCCUCAUCCUCCUUCCUGGUGGUCCAGACGUUCGGGGCACAGCUCCUGUGGCAUCUGGACGGGCCCCUGGCCCUCAUCACCUUGCAGCCUGGCUUUGCUCACAAGAUCCGAGGGUUGUGUGGUACAUUGACUUGGAAUCAGCACGAUGACUUCACCACUCCCGAGGGGGACGUAGAGAACACUGUCUCCUCCUUCGCUGCUAAGUUCACCACAGGGGACUGUCUUCCCCCCCAGGAUGCCCCGCUGGACCCCUGUGGCUCCUACGGCCAGAGGAGACAGUACGCAGAGAUUGUCUGCUCUGUCAUACACAGCUCUGUGUUCCAGGCCUGUCAUGACGUGGUGGAGAGGGAGCCCUACCUGCGUCUGUGUCUGACCGAGGUGUGUGGCUGUGGCCCCCAGAGGCCCUGCCAGUGUACCGUCCUCACCGCCUACGCCCACCACUGCGCCCAGGAGGGCGUGCCUGUCAGCUGGCGCAACCACACCUUCUGCCCGGUGCAGUGUUCAGGGGGACAGGUGUACCAGGAGUGUGGUUGGCCAUGCGGUGGUUCCUGUACUGACCUCCGGCAGGGCUGGAGCUGUGAGCAGAGCAACCGGAGCUGCGUGCCAGGCUGCCAGUGCCCUCCAGGCCUGGCACAGGAUGACAAGGGCCAGUGUGUGCCCGUCUCCAUGUGCCCAUGCAUGCGGGGAAACAAGCUGUACCAGCCUGGUAGUACCGUCCAUAACAACUGCAACACCUGUGUGUGUGAGCGUGGGGUAUGGAACUGCACAAAGGAGGUGUGUCCAGAGGUAGCCCAGUGUCCAGGCUCUUUGGUCUUCUCUCCACGCUCCUGUCUACUCACCUGCUCCAGUCUGGACGCACCGGGACAGGCAUCCCCUGGACCCCCAACCUCCCCCUGCCAAGAGCCCCGGGCAGGCUGUGUCUGCCCCCAGGGGACCGUCCUGCUGGGCAGUCACUGUGUCCUCCCAGAGCAGUGUCCGUGUCACCAUAAUGGUCGACUGUACUACAACAAUGACACAAUCACCAAAGACUGCAACACGUGCAUAUGCAAAGAGCGCCGCUGGCACUGCGGCCAGUCCCUAUGUGCGGGGACCUGUGUGGCAACGGGUGACCCUCACUAUGUGACGUUCGACGGACGCUGCUUCUCCUUUCUGGGCGACUGUGAGUAUGUGCUGGCGCAGGAAGCGGGCGGUCUGUUCAGUGUGACGGCGGAGAACGUGCCCUGUGGCAGCACGGGGGUCACCUGCACCAAGUCAGUCAGCCUCAGUGUGGGCAACACCGCCAUCCACCUGCUAAGAGGUAAAGCCGUGACAGUGAAUAGCAUGCCUGUGACUCUACCCAAGUCGUACUCUGGCAGCGGUCUGACUCUGGAGAGAGUGGGUCUGUUUGUUUCCCUCUCCUCCCGCCUGGGGGUCACUCUGCUCUGGGACGGAGGCAUGCGUGUAUACGUGCGUCUCGCGGCUCACCUGAGAGGGCGAGUGGGGGGUCUGUGUGGGAACUUUGACGGGGACACAGAGAAUGACUUCACCACGCGUCAGGGUAGUGUGGAGUCUACAGCCGAGCUGUUUGGCAACUCCUGGAAGGUCAGCCCCUCCUGCCCGGAUGUUCAAGACCAGGACCUUCGAGACCCAUGCACUAUCAACCCUCACAGGGUGACGUGGGGGAGGAAGAGGUGUGCUGUCAUCACCCAGGACCUGUUUUCUCUGUGUCACCCUGAGGUGCCCUACCAGCAGUACUAUGACUGGUGUGUCUUUGAUGCUUGUGGAUGUGACUCUGGGGGGGACUGUGAGUGUCUGUGUACAGCCAUCGCUGCCUACGCUGAGGAGUGUAACCGGCGUGGUGUCUACAUCCCCUGGCGGUCCCAGGAACUCUGCCCCCUGCAGUGUGAGAAUGGUCUGGUUUAUGAGGCCUGCGGGCCGGCUUGUUCUCCCACCUGUCCCAGUGAAGCCCAGAGCCCUGACUCCCAGUGUGGAGCCUUCUCCUGUGUGGAGGGCUGCUUCUGCCCCGCGGGCACUCUCCGCCACAGUGAAGGCUGCGUGGCGCCCUCGCUCUGUCCGUGUGAGUGGGCAGCCUCUGUUUUCCCACCCGGGGCAAGCAUCACCCAGCACUGCCAGAACUGCUCAUGUACUGAGGGCUUAUGGCAAUGUGAGGGCUCCCCGUGCCCACCUCCCUCCUCCUGUCAGGAGUCAGAGUUCCUGUGCACGGGGGGACGCUGCGUCCCCUCCCUAUGGGUGUGUGACAACGAGGACGACUGCGGUGACGGCUCUGACGAGCUGUGCCCGUCCACCUAGUGUGGGGUGGUGUGUGGCCAGGGGGAGUUCCUGUGUUCAGGGGGCCUCUGUGUGCUCUACCUCCACCGCUGCGAUGGCCAUGAUGACUGUGGGGAUCUGAGUGAUGAGAGGGGGUGUGUGUGCGCCCCGGGAGAGUUCCAGUGCCCUGGGGACCAGUGUGUCCCCGCAGACAGGGUGUGUGACGGCCACAAAGACUGUCCCUCUGGCACCGAUGAAGCCGUCUGUUCAACCGAAGUGACCUGUGCCCCUGGUCAGUUCCUGUGUGCUGAUGGCACCUGUGUGACACCCACCAAGCUAUGUGACGGGGUGACAGACUGCCAGGGCGGAGAGGACGAGGACCAGAACAACUGUCAACCAGUCACCAUGGCCCCAGUUACCAUAGCAACACCCAUCAACCCGACUUCACCCACUUCUGCCUGCCAGCCUUAUGAGUUUGCCUGUGCCAAUGGGCAGUGUGUGCCCCGGGCGUGGCACUGUGACGGGGAGACGGACUGUUUGGACGGGAGUGACGAGCAGGGCUGUCCCCGGGCGUGUGGCCCCGGCCAAGUGCCAUGUCGCAGUGGUGACCAGUGUGUGGACUACCAGCAGCUAUAUAAGACCAGUCCACCCCCUGCUCUCCCUGGCGAUAAGAACAACAGUCACAUCUGUCCUGAGUUCACCUGCCUGGACGGAUCGUGUGUCUCCUUCAAAGCAGUGUGUAAUGGCAUGGCAGACUGUGCUGACUCCCUGCUGGGGCCCUUAGGGGGGCCCUCUGAUGAGCAGGGCUGUAGGAGCUGGGCCCCUUGGGGACCCUGGAGUCCCUGUAGCCUCUCCUGUGGGACAGGCUCCAUGAGCAGGCAGAGACUCUGCCCCCUGGGGGACGCCCUGGGUCAGUGCAGAGGGGACGACACCCAGAGACAGCAGUGUUUCAGCACGUCAUGUCCUGUGGAUGGGCACUGGUUGCCAUGGGUGACGUGGUCUAACUGCUCUAAGGAUUGUGGGGGUGUGGAGGUAAGGCAGAGGGGAUGCUUCCCACCCCAGAAUGGGGGCAGAGAUUGCACACAGCUCCCUGGAGAGUCUAACCUGGCCACAGAAAUCAAGCCUUGCCCUCAAGAUGGCUGUGCCAACAUCACAUGUCCUAGUGGCCUGGUGAGACUCAGAUGUGCCCCCUGCCCAGUGUCCUGUGCCCACAUCAGCAUUGGCUCUGUCUGUGACCCGACUGCACCAUGUUUCUCAGGUUGCUGGUGUCCAGAGGGUCGGGUGAUGAACCAUGCCCAGCAGUGUGUGUUGCCGGAGGAGUGUGUGUGUGAGGUGGCCGGGGUGCGGUACUGGCCUGGACAGCAUGUCAAGAAGGACUGUGAGAUCUGUACGUGUGAGAGAGGCAGACCUCAACACUGCCAGCCGAACCCAGAAUGUACAGUCCACUGUGGUUGGUCGACGUGGUCAGCUUGGGGGGAGUGUUUGGGACCGUGUGGGGUCCAGAGUGUCCAGUGGUCCUUCCGCAGUCCCAACAACCCCAGUAACCAUGGCAAUGGGAGAAAGUGCAGAGGAAUCUACAGGAAAGCUCGCCGCUGUCAGACAGAGCCUUGUGAGGAGUGUGAGUUCCAUGGCCAGUCCCAUGCAGUUGGGGACCGAUGGAAGGCGGGUCAGUGCCAGCUGUGCCACUGUCUGCCCAACCUCACAGUGCAGUGUGCCCCCUACUGCCAACAUGCUGCCACUGGCUGCCCCCAGGGUCAGAGUCUGGUUCCAGGGGAAGGUGACAAAUGUUGUUAUUGUGAAGGUGACAAUGGCACCAUUUCAGUGGCAACAACACCUGCUACUGUGUCAGUGAGUGUCCAACCCUCCACCCCAACAGAUGGCAGUAUACCCCUGGUCCCCACGUACCCCCUUCCACCUGGAGAGGAGUGCUGGUCACCCCUGGGGGUCCAAUCUCUCCCUGACUCCAGCUUCAGUGCCUCCUCACACCAGUGGGGUCACCCUCCACGGGCAGGGCGUCUGUACGCACGGGACCCCCAUAAGGACCUGCAGGGCUGGAGCCCUGACACAGAGCAGUACAGGAACCUUCCUACAGGGGCCCCCGAGGGCCACAGCGGAGCUGUGCAGGCCCCAUAUCUCCAGCUGGACCUGCUAAGACCCCACAACAUCACUGGUGUGCUGACUCAAGGGGGAGGUGUGUUUGACACCUACGUGUCCAGUUUCUACCUGCAGUUCAGUAACGAUGGCAGACAGUGGUACACCUACCAACAGCUGAUUGCUGAUGCCCGCCCCAGAGCCAAGGUGUUCUUGGGUAACCGUGACGACCGGAGUGUGUCCUACACCAGGCUGGACAGGAUGGUGUCGGCUCAGUUUGUGCGUGUGUUGCCUCACGACUUCCAGAACGGCAUCUACCUCCGCUUGGAACUCAUGGGCUGUGAAAAUGGUUCCCGCAGGCUAUCCACCCCCUCUCCUCUCUCUCCUCUCUCCCCGGUCACCCCGGCCCGGCCCUGCAGAGAUAGAGAGUUCCAGUGUGGUAACGGGCGCUGUGUCCCCACGGGGCCCAAGGGGGUUGUAUGUGACGGGGUCAAUGACUGUGGGGACGGAUCUGACGAGCUGCGCUGUGGUACUCAGCCCUCCCCUACACCUACAAGUCCACGGGGCUGUCCCAGAGGUCAGUACUCCUGUCCGUCACCUGGGGGCUGUAUUGAUGCAGCCCUGCGCUGUGACGGAAUCCCCCACUGUCCCAAUGGAGAGGACGAGAUAGGAUGCUACCCUCACGAUAAAACCACCCAGGCAGAGAGGCCUAACAGUCCCACACCAGUUCCCCUAAGGACCCCUAGUAUGGCCGCUGUCACUCUGCAUAAGACUACCCCUACACCAACAGCAGGUGGCCCUGGGUAUAGAGGCAUCUGUUCCUCUGCACUGGGAUUGGAGGACGGGAAGAUUCGCUAUGGUCAGCUGACUUCGUCCACCCACCGCGAGAACAACCCUGCGGAUGCCGGGCGCCUCAACAUUGUGCCUAACGUUCUGAUCAUGGAGCCUGGAUGGAGCCCCCUGCCAGGCGACCUUCAGCCCUACCUCCAGGUGGACCUCCUAGAGCCUACCUGGGUGUCUGGCGUGGUGACCCAGGGCAGUGAGAGGAUGUGGGGCUACCUUUCCAAGUACCGUCUGGCCUUCGCCCUGGUCCAGAGCCACUUCACUGAUUACACCGAGACUGGAGAGAGGGGCAGUCCUGCCAAGGUGUUUGAGGUGCGGAUGGUGGGCAGGACCCCGGUGACGCGUUGGCUUGGGAGGCUGGUCCGAGCUCGCUACCUCCGCAUCCUCCCAGUAGAGUUCCGACACACCUUCUAUCUCCGUGCAGAGAUCCUAGGCUGCAAAGGGGAGGAGUUGGUGACCCCUAGCAGCGCCACGACUCCCCGUGGUGUUGAUGUGGUGACAGUGAAGCGCUGCUACCUGGGCCAGUUUGCCUGCCACAGUGGCGAGUGUGUUCCUGUGUCUGUACUGUGUGACGGCCGACUGGACUGCGAAGACCACUCUGACGAGAUCAACUGUGGCACAGUGCCCACCAGGGGUCAACCCGGGGUACACACCAAGGAGCCCCAGGAUGGCCGCCCUGGAAUUGCCACCACGGGUACCCCGGGUCUCAGUCCUGACAGCUCUGGGGGAACAGGGAAACCAGGGGUUCAUGGAUUCACCACCCCCAGGCCAGGUCAGUGGACAUCCAGAUCCACAGGGCACCCAGGAGUUGGGCCCAGCACCCUCCACCCCGGAAUACCUGGACUGCAGUCUACAACAGCUCUCUGGGUUACCACGACCGCCCAUGACGGGGGCCUACCCAGAGUCCUGUGCGUGGAGGGCCAGUUCUCCUGCAGGCUGUUUGGCUGUGUGGAUGCCGCGGUGGUGUGUGAUGGUCACCAGGACUGUCUGGAUGGCUCUGACGAAGACCACUGUACUACACCAAGGCCAACAGUAAUGACACGACGCCCCCUAGUGCCCAGCCCAUGCUCCCCCAAGCAGUUCUCCUGUGGCAGCGGGGAGUGUGUGCACCUUGACAAGAGGUGUGACCUGCACAGGGACUGUGCUGAUGGAUCAGACGAGCGAGACUGUGUGAACUGUAUCAUGUCAGCGUGGACGGGCUGGAGCCAGUGCAGUGUGACAUGUGGCCUGGGUUCCCUGUUCCGCCAGAGGGAGGUGCUGAGAGAGGCGCUGGCCGGGGGAACGUGUGGGGGCGCCCAGUUUGACAGCCGAGCCUGCUUCCCUAAGGCGUGUCUCGUGGACGGUCAGUGGUCAGAGUGGACGGGCUGGUCCCCGUGUGACACCCAGUGCGGGGGAGGGCUGAGGGGGAGGAACCGGACCUGCUCCAACCCUCCCCCUAAGAACAGGGGGCGUGACUGUGAGGGGAUGAGACUGCAGACCCAGAGCUGUAACAGCCAGCCCUGUGGCCCCAACACAGACUCACAGACAGGCUGUACUAAAGGCAUGGUGGUGGUAAGAGAGGCUGACUGCCAGUCUGGUAGAGUGGAGCCAUGUCCCCCCACCUGUUCACACCUACACUACCCCAACUGCACCUCCCAAUGCGUCACAGGUUGUCGUUGUCCGGCUGGUUUGUUCCUACAGGAUGGCCGCUGUGUGAACGCCAGUCAGUGUGGGUGCCACUGGGAGGGACUGCCACUGCAGCCUGGACAAGAGGUCAGCAAGGACAACUGCAGCACAUGUGUGUGUGAAGAUGGACGUGUCUCCUGUGACAACUCCAGCUGUGUGGCCAGCUGUGAUUGGUCAGCCUGGUCCUCUUGGACAUCAUGUGACAGCUCCUGUGGGGUUGGAUUACAGCAGCGCUAUAGGUCCCCUGUGAGCCCAGCAGGAGUGGCGAGAGUCGAGCCCUGUCCUGGGGACUCCUCAGAGGCUCGUCAGUGCUUCACCCCCUGUCCCCCUGGUAAGGAUGAGGCGGUGUGGGGGAAGUGGACGGCCUGGUCAGAGUGCAGCAAGACCUGUUUCCACCACGUGGACGAGGUGGGGCUGAGGAGGAGGUUCCGCACCUGUAACAUACCCACCAACACACACAGCUACACACGCACCAACACACCCAGCUACACCCACACCAACACACACACCGACUGUGAGGGGGACCCAGAGGAUCAGGAGCCCUGUAACACUGUGCACUGCCCAGUGAAUGGCGGCUGGUCGGAGUGGUCCCCAUGGUCCCUGUGCUCGUCAGAGUGUGACUCGGGGGCUCAGACCAGAGAGCGCUUCUGCAGUUCUCCUCCUCCACAGCACGGGGGCAGCACCUGCCCAGGGCCUCACAUCCAGACCCGAGACUGCAACUCCCACCCCUGUUCAGGAGUGUGUCCAGAGGGCAUGGCCUACAUGAGCAAGGAGCAGUGUCAGGCUCACGGUGGUGCGUGCCCACGGGUGUGUAUGGACAUGACAACACAGGUGGAGUGUGCCACGGAGUGUUACGACGGAUGCUACUGUGCCCUGGGACUCUACCUACUCAACAGCACUUGUGUGCCCCUCACCCAGUGCCCAUGCUACCACCAUGGAGAGAUGUACCCAGGAGGAGCUAGUGUGAAACUGGACGACUGCAACAACUGCACCUGCCAUAAUGGAGAGAUGGUGUGUGGAACAGCGCCCUGCGCUGUGGACUGUGGCUGGAGCAGCUGGACCCAGUGGAGCGCCUGCAGCAGGACGUGUGACGUGGGCGUGAGGAGGCGGUACCGCUCAGGGACCAAUCCACCGGCUGCGUUCGGGGGGCGUGUCUGCAGGGGCGACAGGGUGGGGAUGGACACCUGCAGUCUGGAGCCCUGUCAAGGUGUGAAGGAGCCAUGGAGUGUAUGGUCAGAGUGUUCGGUGACGUGUGGAGGGGGGUACAGGAACAGGACACGGGGACCCCAAAGAACCCAUGGUACUGCCCAGCAGUUCUCUGCCUGUAACCUGCAGCCCUGUGGUGAUGGGACGGGCUGUCCUGGGGGACAGGUGUGGACGGUGUGUGUGGAGGGGCCGGUCACCUGCUCUGACAUCAGUAUGGAUUAUGAGAAGAAUUGUACACCGGGCUGUCAGUGUCCACACGGCACUGCCCUGCAGGAUGGCAAGUGUGUGUGGGUGUCUCAGUGUCGCUGUGAUGUGGAUGGGGAGCAGUAUGAACCUGGUGAUGUCGUACCCAGGGACUGCAACAACUGCACAUGUGAUUCUGGGAGGCUGGUAAACUGCACUCAACUCAACUGUAAUGUGGACGGUCAGUGGUCUUCCUGGACCCCCUGGGGUCAGUGUUCAGUGAGGUGUGGACCAGGUCUCCAGUCCCGCUAUAGGUUCUGUUCUAGUCCCCAGCGGUCUGGGAGUGGUCUGCCCUGUAUCGGACCUGACCACCAAGACCAGCUGUGUAUGACUGCUCCCUGUGAUCGUAAUGGUGGCUGGGGGGAGUGGAGCAACUGGACAGACUGCACCAAGUCAUGUGGUGGGGGUGUUCAGAGCAGACGCCGGGAUUGUGAUAGCCCCAGUCCAGAGGGAGAGGGGGAUUACUGUGAGGGGCUUGGCACAGAAGUAAUCUCCUGCAACACUGACCACUGUCCAGUUGCGCCUUGCUCUCAAGUCCCUGGCACAGUGUUCAGUAGCUGUGGCCCCUCGUGUCCUCGCUCCUGUGAUGACCUGUCUCACUGUGACUGGCUCUGUGAGGCGGGGUGUUACUGCACGGAGGGCAAGGUGCUGUCUUCCGACGGGACGUCCUGUGUGGAGAGAGAGGAGUGCCCCUGUCUGGACCUCAACACCGGCUUGAGGUUGUACCCUGGAGAGAGCACCACUGCCCCCGACAGCUGCAACAACUGUACCUGCGAGGGAGGGAGGCUCAACUGCACCAGUGACCCCUGUCCAGUGUCAGGUGGGUGGUGUGAGUGGUCUGGCUGGAUCUCCUGCUCUAAGACGUGUGGGGCAGAGUGGGUGUCCAGAUAUCGCAGCUGUGGCUGUCCAGAGCCCAAGGCGGGAGGAGCCCCCUGCCAGGGGGAACAGGAAGUACACGGUGGGGUGGGGGCACAGAUCCAGAGACAACCCUGCCCUGUGGUCACCUUCUGCCCAGUCCAUGGUUCGUGGAGCCUGUGGUCGGGCUGGUCAGAGUGUGAUGGCUGUGAGGGGGUGUCUGUGAGGACCAGGGAGUGUAACAGUCCUCCUGCCAGGUUCGGGGGUCUGCCCUGCCACGGGGAGACCCUGCAGAGCCGCGGCUGCCAAGACAACGUCACCAUCUGCUCAGAAUGUGGCGGCGUGCAGGUGGACUGGCCAUGUGGGAAGCCCUGUCCACGCUCCUGCUCUGAUCUCCAUGGCGACACAGAGUGUCUGGACACGGCGGAGUGCAGUAUGACCUGUGGUUGCCCGGAUGAUCUCGUGCUACAGGACGGCCAGUGUGUGGAGAGGGAGGAAUGUCGCUGCAAAUACCACAACAGCACUACUGGUGAGACCAGUGGCCUAGACUCUAGUAACACCUCGUGGGCGUGGCCUGGUAGGUCAGAUUGGCACUUCGCAAAUCCAGGAGAGACCAUCAUCGCUGACUGUAAAAACUGCACCUGUGAGGCGGGUGUUCUCCACUGCCAAUCAGUCCCUGGUUGCCAUGUCGAUGGCGACUCUGGCCGCUGGCCGACCUGGUCCCCCUGGUCCUCCUGGUCUGUGUGCUCAGUGAGCUGUGGAGGAGGGGAACAGUCUCGUACCCGUCUCUGCAGCUUCCCGCCCUGCUCUGGCAUGAGGAGACAGAGCAAGACGUGUAACACCCAGGUCUGUCUCGAGGUGGGUUGCCCUCCGGGUCGUCUGUACAGGGAGUGUGAGCGGGGCGAGGGAUGCCCCUUCAGUUGUGCCCAGGUCAGCGGGCGAGAGGGCUGCUACUCUGAGACCUGCGAGGAGGGGUGCCACUGCCCCCUGCAGACCUUCCAGCACAACAGAGCCUGUGUACAGGAGUGCCCCUGCCUGGUGGACAAGGAGCUCCUGACCUCAAUACAGAAUGUGUCUGUGACCCCAGUGUUGGCCCACCAUAACCUAACCCAGGGGGAUGAGUUCCAGUCUGGGGAAACGUUCAUACAAGACUGCAGUGUCUGCGGGUGUCAACAUGGUUUGUGGAACUGUUCCUUGGAACCGUGUCCCGUAGACGGGGGUCUGUCCCCCUGGGGCCCUUGGAGCCCCUGCUCCCUGUCCUGUGGGGGCCUGGGCCUGAAAACCCGCAACCGAGCCUGCAGCCACCCGGCACCGGCAUACGGGGGCAGAGACUGCCUGGGGCCCCGGCAAGAGAGCACCUACUGCCAGGCUACGGACUGCCCAGAUGAGGAUGCAGGCUUCUCUCAGUGGUCGUCGUGGACCACCUGCUCUCGGUCGUGUAGCGAUUCCCUGACCCCGGCCCUCAAGUCCCGUCAGAGGCGGUGUGUCAGACCCCCCUGCUCAGGGGACACCCGUCAGGAGAAGGCCUGCAACCUGCCCCAGUGUCCUGACGGCGGUGGGGUGUGUGUAGGGGACGACUGCGCCCAGAGGAACUGCACGUGGAUGGAGUGGGGCGAGUGGGCGGCGUGCUCCCGCUCCUGCGGCGUGGGUCAGCAGCAGAGGUUACGCACCUUCCUGAGCCCCGGGGUCAACGGUUCCUGGUGUGAUGACAUACUGGGGGGUAACCUGGAGAAUCGCUUCUGUAACAUAAAGGCCUGUCGAGUGGACGGAGGCUGGUCUCGCUGGAGCCCCUGGUCUCUCUGUGACAAGCGCUGUGGGGGCGGGCGCUCCAUCCGAACCCGCUCUUGCUUCAGCCCCCCGCCCAAAAAUGGCGGGCGCAAGUGUGAGGGAGAGAAGAACCAGGUGAAACCGUGCAACACCAAACCAUGUGAUGAGAAGGGUUGCCCAGCGGGUCAGGAGGUUGUGCCCUGUGCCAACGAGUGUCCUCAGCGCUGCUCAGACCUCCAGCAGGGCAUCCAGUGCCAGGGCAACACAGAGUGCCAGCCUGGGUGCCGCUGCCCAAAAGGUCAGCUGCAGCAGGACGGGGUGUGUGUGCAGGUAUGGCAGUGUGACUGUGUGGACUCUUUGGGUCAGAGCUGGGCUGCAGGCAGCUGGCACCAGGUGGACUGCAACAAUUGCAGCUGCGCAGACGGACUGCUUUCCUGCACCAAUCAGAGCUGCCGAGUGGCCAGCUGCACAUGGAGCUCCUGGUCCAAUUGGGCGUCCUGCAGCACUUCCUGUGGGCGGGGCCAGAGAACCCGCUUCAGAUCGCUAAUACCAGAGCGUGAAGGAGCGGUUUGCCAGUUUGAGGAGGUGCAGCACAAGUCAUGUGACCCCGGGCCCUGCCCACCCCUCUGUGUCCAUGACAACCAGGAGCUGACCGUGGGAGACACGUGGUUGCAGGGAGAAUGUAAACAAUGCACAUGCACCCCAGAGGGAGACUAUUGCCAAGAUAUUGACUGUCGAGUGGAUGGUGGUUGGACGCCCUGGUCGCUGUGGUCGGACUGUCCGGUGACGUGUGGGCGGGGCACUCAAAUUCGGAGCCGGGCCUGUAUCAACCCUCCUCCCCGUAACAACGGGACAGACUGCAGCGGACCAGAGAGAGACGCCCAAGGCUGUCACACACCUCCCUGCCUCGAUGACCUUUGCCCUUGGUCACCAUGGUCCAGCUGCUCCCGCAGCUGCGGCGCGGGGGUGGUGUGGCGACGCAGGGUGUGUGUGUGUGAAGGGGAGGGGGAGGGCGCCUGCCCCCCUGAGGUAGAGGCGGAGAGGAACAGAGAGGAGACCCAGCUGUGCUAUAAGAGACCCUGUCCAGAAUGCCCCAUGUCAGAGUGGACCGAGUGGUCUGCCUGCCACUGUGUGUCCCAGAGGCAGCAGCGUCACCGCGCACCGCUCUCACCAGCCACCAAGGGACAGCACUGUUCCCGUCUGGACACCCAGAGCAGAACCUGCACACUAGACCACUGUCAUGACUCUUGUGAGAAACCGUUCCAGUACUCUGAGUGUGGCUUCCCCUGUGAGAAGCAGUGUGCACUGCAGGGGCAGAAGGCGCUGUGUGCGGGGAUACAGGAGUGUACCCCUGGCUGCUACUGCCCUCAGGGCUUGCUGCAGCAGAAUGGGACCUGUGUGCCCCCAGAGCAGUGUGGCUGUGUACACCUCCAACAUCAGGCCUCAGGGAGACCUGUCUCUGUGAUUGUGCCACAGGGGAACAUGGUCACUAUAGACUGCAGCACCUGCCUCUGUCAUAAUGGGACGUUGCAGUGUGACAUGCGAGAGUGUGAAGUCAUUCUCAGUGAGUGGUCAGAGUGGACCCCCUGCUCUCCGUGUGUGCCUGCCUCCUCCCUGCAGUCCUCCUUCUCUCCCCAGGGUGGCGCUGCAGCCCUGGUGUCUGUCCAGCGGCGCUACCGAGCUUGUCUGGACCUGGACUCAGGCCAGCCAGUCUCAGGGGAGGAAGAGGGGGCACAGUGUACCGGGGAGCUGGAGGAGGAGAGGCUCUGCCCAGACCCCAAUGCAUGCAGAGACCUGUGCCAGUGGAGUGUGUGGAGUGUGUGGAGUGUGUGUCAGGAGCCGUGCAGUGGUGGGGUCAGACAGCGCCACAGACAGCCCCAGGCCUCCCCUCCAGGACCCCAGUGUCAAAAACAGCAGACCCAGACCAAAAGCUGCAACACUGGCCUCUGUCCAGGCGAGCGCUGUGAGGACAGGGGGCGGGUUUACCAGGCGUCUUGUGCCAAUCAGUGUCCCCGGAGCUGCACUGACCUCUGGGAGCAUGUGCAGUGUCUGCAGGGAUUCUGUCACCCAGGGUGUCGGUGCGCAGAAGGCUGGCUGCUGCAGGACGGGGGCUGUGUUGAGGUGUCGGAGUGUCGCUGUGGGGUUCCCAUGGGCAACGGCACCCUGGAGAUCAGCCCUGCUGAGAACGUCAGACUGGACUGCAACACCUGUGUGUGUGAGAAUGGCACCCUGGUGUGCACCGACCUGCUGUGUCCCAUCUACGGCCCCUGGGGACAGUGGAGCGCCUGCUCAGAGUCCUGUGGGAUGGGACAGAGGAUGAGGAUACGUCCCUGCAAUGACACAGAAGGAGGGCCACCCUGUGCUGAGACGGUCCACACUGAAACAUGUGUGCUGCCCCCUUAGUGUCCAUCCAGCCAGGUGUUCAGCCAGUGUGCUGGCUCCUGCCCCUACAGCUGUGAGGACCUCUGGCCAGAGAACCAGUGUGUAUCUGGACCCUGCAUCCCUGGAUGCACCUGUCCCCCAGGCAUGGUGCUGUACAACGGAUCAUGUGUCCCUCAUGAUGCGUGCCCCUGUUCUCCGCACUCCCUCCCGGGGACCCUGAACAUGACCCUGGAUGACCCCGAAGGAGAGGUGGCCUCUGGGACGGUCUUACAACACCAGUGCAACACAUGUGUUUGUCAAGGAGGAGUAUUCAAUUGUACCGAGGACCCAUGCAAUGCCUGUCCUGAUGGAGAGAGAUGGAGGAAGAGUGUAUCGGAGGCUCUGUCUGUGUGUGAGAGGAGCUGUGCAGAGAUCUACCUGACCUCGCCACUCAACUGCAGCGCCACCGAGGGGUGUGUGUGUAAGGAGGGGCUCUACCGAAACGCAGAGGGCCUGUGUGUGAUCCCCGCACUCUGCCAGUGUGAGGACCAGGGGAUGCUGAGAGAGGCUAGCUCUGAAUGGGAGGAGGGCUGCUUGGUGUGCCGCUGUGUGAACGGGCAGAAGCGGUGCCAAUCAGGAUGCCCACUGCUGCAGUGUGAAGAGGGGGAAGUGAAAGUGGAGGAACCAGGCAGCUGCUGCCCAGUUUGCAGGAAGGAGUUCCCUGGGGAGCCCGUGGCGGAGUGUCGCCGUUACACGGAGGUCAGGAACAUCACUAAGGGAGACUGUCGUCUUGACAACGUGGAAGUCAGCUACUGUAGAGGGCGCUGUUUAUCCAAAAUUGACGUCAUUUUGGAGGAGCCUUACCUCCAGUCGCUGUGUGACUGCUGCAGCUACCGGUUGGACCCUGAGAGCCCCGUGCGCUUCCUUAGCCUCCUGUGUGACAGUGGGGAGAGUGAGCCCGUCGUCCUGCCUGUCAUACACAGCUGCGAGUGCACCAGCUGCCAAGGGGGAGAUCUGUCCAGACGCUGAGUGUGUGUGUAUAGGCCUAGUGUGUGUGUAUGCAGAGGGACAGACAGACAGACGGGUGGACAGACCAUGUGUCCUGAUUUCCUGUGGUCCAUAGUCAUUAUAUGACUGGAUCAACUAUCAUAGAGUGCCUUCUGAAACUCUCAGAUCCUUUACACUGUACAGUGUUUUGCUACUUUUCUAAUAAAUCACUAGUGGUUUUUAUGAAAACA